AUGAUCAAGAAACUCAAUUUUUUCACAGUUGCAGCAGUACAAAAUCAACAUACAAUGCCUAAAAUGCAAGUUGCACAUGCAUAUAUCACUCAUUUAUUCAAGUUACUAAAAAAUGCUUUAAGUAGUAGCAUAGCUAAUAUCCAUAGAAACAAAUGAAUCAGGAUUUUACUCUCUGUUACAGGUAAAAAGAAUACUUAUAAAGUUAGAGCACUUAUUUAAUGCACAGAGUAAGAAAUAGUCACAAAAAAAUCAUAUACUUUCAGUAGGGUAACAUGAAACAAUUUAAAAGGACGAAUACAUUAAUAUUGUGUUUUAGGAGCACUAAAGGUAACAUAAUUGACAAGGGUAAAAUACAUUGUAUUCAUAGACUAAAGCGAUGAUAAGUAGCACAAGGAUUGA